AUGACGGGAACAGCGAUGCAGAAGCAGCAGCAGCAGCUUCCUACAUUGAUGAAGGGUCUCACCCUAGACCAAUUCGUCACGGGUCAGGACAAGGAGGAGGCGCCCUACAAGCUCAAGCAUGAUCUCAAAGUGCCUUCGUGCAGUGCAGACGAGGUCGUCAUCCACAUUGCGGUCGCUGCAGUGUGCCACACCGAUGGCAUGGUGGUGAGGGGAGAGUUUGAGCACAUGAUGAGGAGCGGAUUGCCUCUCAUUCCCUCCCACGAGCCAACGGGGAUCGUGGCAGCGAUCGGAGAAAGAGCAGCCAAGAACUUUGCGGAUAGUCCCGGUGCGGGAGGUGCAGGUCCGCUCAAGAUCGGUGAUCGGGUUGGCUCGCUCGCUUUCAAGGAUUUCUGCGGCGAGUGCGAAGACUGCAAAGCGGGCAAGCCGAGGUACUGCGAGAAUCAAGACAUGUGCGGUGUGACGGCUAAUGGCGGCCUGGCAGAGUACAUGGCAGCAGACUAUCGCAGCGUCGUUCGCCUGCCCGACGAAGUCUCCUUCGAAGCGGCUGCGCCUCUUUUCUGUGCCGGCGCGACCAUCUUCGCAGCCAUCCGAGCAUGCGAUCUGAAAGCGGGGCAGAGAAUCGCAAUCGUGGGAGCCGGAGCGCUGGGCCACUUGGGCGUUCAAUUCGCAAAGUGUCUCGGACUGCACACCAUCGUGGUUGAUGCUCGAGAUGCUCCUUUGGAACUGUGCAAGGAUCUCAAGUACCCGCCCGAUGAGAUCUUGAAUGCCAAGGAUGUCGACGUCAAGCGACCCGAGACGGUCAAGAAGGCCAUCGAGAGCAUAGGCGGACAUGCCGAUGCCGUUGUGCUUGCCACAGACACCAUCCCAGCCUGCGAGUUCUCUUUGGAGCUCACAAAAAAGCACGGCCUCUUCAUGGUAGUCGGUCAGCCCAACCUUCCAAUCCCCGUGCCAUUCCAUCACCUCGUCUUCCGCGACGUCACCAUCAAGGGAAGUCUGCUGGGUGAUCCGGCGGAUGUGAGCGAGAUGCUCAAGGUGAUUGCGGACAAGGGUAUCGAGGUAAAGACGAAAUCGUACCCUUUGGAAAAGAUACACGAUCUCUUGACCGACUACAGCAAGCCCGGCCACGCAGGAAAGCUUGUGGUCCGAGUCAGCGACCACCAAUAA